CCGCUCGCUACUCGCCUAGUGUUGUGGCCGGCGCGAACCACUGUGUAGUGUAGUUGCCACCACCUCCGGCCGGGCCCCCCGGGCGCUGUGCUCCGGCCACGCGCGGGCGCGAUGGCUGCUCCUGCUCGGCGAGCGAGCUGCGUGCUGGUGCUGGUGCUCGCGCUGGCGCUGGCGGCGGCGCGGGAUGCCGGCGCCGCGGUGCCCAAGCCCAACUGGCUGGGCGGGCUGAGCCGCGCCGCGUUCCCCAGGGGGUUCGUGUUCGGGACGGCGACGUCGGCGUACCAGGUCGAGGGCAUGGCGGCGUCCGGCGGCCGCGGGCCGUCCAUCUGGGACGACUUCGCCCACACCCCGGGAAAUGUUGCAGGAAAUCAGAAUGGAGAUGUUGCGACAGAUCAAUAUCAUCGCUAUAAGGAAGAUGUUAAUCUCAUGAAAAGUUUGAAUUUUGAUGCCUACCGGUUUUCAAUCUCAUGGUCCAGGAUCUUCCCAGAUGGUGAGGGACGAGUUAACCAAGAAGGUGUAGCAUAUUACAACAAUCUUAUAAACUACCUACUGCUGAAAGGUAUCACUCCUUAUGUCAAUCUUUACCACUAUGAUCUCCCGCUUGCGCUUGAGAAGAAGUACGGAGGCUGGUUGAGCACAAAAAUGGCGGAUCUAUUUACGGAGUAUGCGGACUUCUGUUUCAAGACCUUUGGCGAUCGUGUAAAGCACUGGUUUACAUUUAAUGAGCCAAGAAUAGUAGCACUUCUUGGUUAUGACCAAGGAACAAAUCCUCCUAAAAGGUGCACAAAAUGCGCUGCUGGUGGGAACUCAGCAACAGAACCAUACAUUGUUGCUCAUAAUUUUCUGUUAUCACAUGCUGCAGCAGUUGCAAGAUACCGGACUAAGUAUCAGGCAGCUCAGCGAGGCAAAGUUGGAAUAGUUCUGGACUUCAAUUGGUAUGAAGCUCUUUCCAAUUCAACUGAAGAUCAAGCAGCGGCCCAAAGAGCCAGGGACUUCCACAUUGGUUGGUAUCUUGAUCCAUUGAUUAAUGGACAUUACCCACAGAUAAUGCAAGACCUUGUGAAAGAUAGGCUGCCCAAAUUCACUCCUGAACAAGCUAGGUUGGUCAAGGGCUCGGCGGACUAUAUUGGUAUCAAUCAGUACACAGCUAGCUACAUGAAAGGCCAGCAAUUAAUACAGCAGACACCGACUAGUUACUCAGCCGAUUGGCAGGUUUCAUAUGUUUUUGCGAAAAAUGGCAAACCAAUUGGACCACAGGCAAAUUCUAAUUGGCUUUACAUUGUGCCGUGGGGAAUGUACGGUUGUGUGAACUACAUCAAGCAGAAGUACGGGAAUCCGACAGUCGUCAUAACUGAAAACGGAAUGGAUCAGCCUGCAAAUCUCAGCCGCGACCAGUACUUGCGCGACACCACGAGGGUUCAUUUCUACAGGAGCUACCUCUCCCAGCUGAAGAAGGCCAUCGACGAGGGUGCCAACGUGGCUGGCUACUUCGCCUGGUCUCUCCUGGACAACUUCGAGUGGCUGUCAGGGUACAACUCCAAGUUUGGCAUCGUCUACGUCGACUUCAAAACCCUCGAGCGCCAUCCCAAGGCGUCAGCCUACUGGUUCAGGGACAUGCUGAAGCAGUGAGAACGAGAGAGAUGCAGACUGAAGUUGCCAUCAGCUCAUCAUGUUCAGUACGUUGUGCUCUGCUGUCAUCAGAGCUGGCUAUGAAAUAUGGGUCGGAAAAUAAAAGACUGCAAAUUGAUUUGAUAGUACAAUCCGUAUUUAUAAGGUCAGAAUUGUGGUUGUCUUAUGAACUUGUAGAAGUGACCUAGCAGGAUAUGUGAUCGAUCUUGAGUAAUCAUCGUUUGAUCAGAUUUGGCGUGAUAA